CAACUAACAGCAUACAAUGAUCAGUAACAAUAAUUUAUGCAUUAGUAUUUCAAUAGAUAUCGUGCCAAGUACACCUAGAAGAGGACUCCUGGGAAGAAGCAAAAAAUACACGUAAUAGAUACUACCUAACUACUACUACCUGACGUAGUUAACUAAAAAUCCGAGAAUCUCGUAUAAUUAUUCGCGUAUGCGUCUCUAUACGCUUACACGUUCUUAGUAAGAAAGAUAUGUUACGUCAGAUAGAUAGUAAUAAAGGUUAGGCGCCGUCACACAAGAACGUGGCGGCUUUAUCACGCCGUACAAAAGGGAAUCCAUACUGUGUUUUAAAAAAAUCGUGAUCUCAAGGCACGUUCAAAUUGAUUACUUAUCAUUGGUAAUACCAAAUUAAGAAUUGUGUGUAAAUACGAAAUUUCAAUCUCAGACCGCAGAAUUUCUGUGGGCACGAAGGAUAUCAAAAUGGUGGCUGUACAAGACGGGUGAUGUGUAUGCAGAUAUUGGAGCGCAUUAUAAUUUCAGGAGAAACGCGUGUAAGCACGCAUCAUAUUAGAAAAUGGGUGAUUCAAAGGCUCAACAUGGAACACAGGAGAUGAAAGGAUGGCUUUUUAAGUGGACCAAUUACUUGAAAGGUUAUCAGAGAAGAUGGUUUGUCCUGUCAAACGGCCUUCUGUCAUAUUACAGGGCUGAACCAACAGGGGGGCCAAAGAUAUCAACGCGACGCAAGCGGAGAGCUGGCAGAGCCUCCGAAAAUCCGGCGGAGAUGUCUCAUACAUGCCGGGGCACGAUAUCCAUGCAUGGGGCCUUAAUACACACUGUAGAUGCUUGCACUUUUGUUGUAAGCAAUGGCGGUACCCAAACCUUUCACAUAAAGGCAGCGACGGAAGUAGAGCGUCAACAAUGGGUCACGGCCCUCGAGUUGGCGAAGGCCAAGGCUAUCCAAGCAGUAGAAUCUGACGAGGAAGAAGAAGAGUAUCAAGAUAACGACAAUCAAAAGGCAGAACAAGGCACUGCCGUCAAAGAUUUGAGUCAACGUUUGGAAGAUCUACAAACUUGUAAUGAUUUAAUCGCCAAAAGAGGAUCUAUCCUUCAACGAGCUUUGAAUGAGCUGGAAACACUAGAACCACUAUAUCCUGACCUAAUAACCAAAAUUAAAACCGUGAAUGAGAAAGCUACUAUCUUCCGUAUUGCUGCUAAUGCUAUGAUCAGCACUAGCAAUGACUAUUUGCAAUUAGCUCAGCAACAGGAACCAAAAUGGAAAAAAAUGUUACAACAUGAACGCGAUCAAAAAGCGCGCAUAGAGAGGAUGGUCGAACAGCUAGCUAGGCAGCACUCAAACUUGGAAGAAGCUGCGCAACAUGCGCUUCCCUCGGCGACACCAGCGGGAGGACACAGACCUUCCCAUUCUGCGAUAACCACUUCUCCAUCAGAAGACGAAGAAGAUAAUGCAGAAUUUUAUGAUGCUCAAGAGACGGAUACAUUUACACUGACUAUUCCAGGAGUAGCUUCAACUAAUUCGAUAUCUCACCAAAGAGAUCGUACUGAUUCUCAAGGAAGUGAUGAUGGCUCUAGCUCUGAAGGCGACCCAACACCUUUGCCAGUUUCUGAUUCUGCUGGAGCAGAGUCAUUUCUUAUUGUGACCGACUCUACAGUAGUACAACCUUCUUCUCCUAUUACAAAUACAGACGAGCUGGACAAUACGGCUUGGCAAACCAACAAUGGCGGAAGCAGUGGCACCGGGUUAGUAAAUACACCUAACAGAAAAAGAAGAACUAGAGUACCUGAUAAACCUAAUUAUCCUUUAAACCUAUGGAGUAUUAUGAAAAAUUGUAUUGGCAAAGAUUUAUCAAAAAUUCCGAUGCCUGUUAAUUUCUCGGAACCACUUAGUAUGCUUCAAAGGCUUACAGAAGAUUAUGAGUAUGCAGAGAUUCUUGAUAGAGCAGCAGAAUGUACCGACAGCUACGAACAAAUGGCCUAUGUAGCUGCAUUUACUAUCUCUAGUUAUUCUACAACUGCCAGCAGAACAGGCAAACCUUUUAAUCCGUUAUUAGGUGAAACGUAUGAAUGCGAUCGCACAGAUGAUCUCGGUUGGCGAGCCAUUUCCGAACAAGUUUCCCAUCAUCCUCCCAUGUUAGCUCAGCAUUGUCAAGGUAGGAAAUGGAGUUGCUGGCAGGAGUUCACCAUGGCUUCUAAAUUUCGCGGAAAGUAUCUUCAGGUAAUACCUUUAGGUACAGCUCAUUUAGAAUUUAAUACAGAACACCAACAUUAUACAUGGCGUAAAGUAACAACCACUGUACACAAUAUAAUAGUUGGAAAAUUAUGGGUUGAUCAAAGUGGUGAUAUGGAUAUUGUCAAUCACAAAGACGGUAUCAAGUGCCAUCUAAAAUAUAUACCAUACUCAUAUUUUUCAAGAGAUAAUCAGCGUAAAGUUAAAGGCGUUGUCAUGAAUUCAAAUAAAGAGGUGAAAUGGGUGGUUCAGGGUACGUGGGAUUCAAAGAUAGAAAUUGCUCCUGUCAUUAGUACGUCGGGAGCUCCAGACAAUCCUGUUUAUAAAACAGGGCCAUACAUAUUAGCUUGGAAACGACGUAUGCCUUCUGAUGAUUGCGAAAGGUAUUACUCAUUCACGGAACUGGCCUCUCAGCUUAACGAGCCAGAAGAUGGCGUAGCUCCUACAGAUUCCCGAUUAAGACCUGACCAGAGAUUAAUGGAAGACGGACAAUGGGAUGAAGCUAAUGCAGAAAAACUUCGACUCGAAGAGAAGCAGAGGGCUGCAAGGCGUUACCGUGAACAUGAAGCUGAAAGAGCUUCUUCACAAGGUUUACCUUAUGAAAGUUGGGAACCGUUAUGGUUUAAGAAACAGCAGGAUCCAUACACGGAUAGUCUUUGCUAUAUGUAUAGUGAUGAAUAUUGGGAGUGUAAGAGCAAAGGCGAUUGGUCAAGAUGUCCAAACAUAUUUUAGUCUGUAAUAUAUCAGUUUACAAUCUGACCGCCCAUUUACAGUAAAGAAAAGUUUGGAUCUUUUAACGUGAAGAUAACUAGCAGUAGAUAUCACGGACGCGAAGAGUAAUUUUCAUAAUUUCAUGCUAAACGUGAUAUUGGGGUUGUUAUUGGGUGUGGUAUAGUCUUUACUUCUUCCAAUGAAGUGAACAAAAGUUGAUGCUUGCAAAUAUGACACAUAUAUCGUACGUUAUGUACUCUUGUGUCAUGAUCAUGCUGCUACCUGCCUUUCCUAUUUUCUUCCUUAGCUAUGUCCUUCCUAUUGUCUCGCUAAUUUGAUCGGUCGUUGUAAAAUUCUACGAAGCAACCGUCGUCCAUAUUGCGUGAUUUUUUAAAACGAGUUCUUCGAAUCUCAUUGUUGAAGUCUAUUCGAUGAGCAAGCAUUUUUUUUAAUCUUUAAAAAUGUCGCCAGUAAGAAAUAUCGUGAUGAUUUGUAAAACACUUACAUAUACUAUUUUAUUGUAUAAUUAGAAUAGCAAUUUUCCAGUAGUAAAUUUACUAACGACUGUUCCGUACCGUUCUCACAGAAAAAUUAACAAUUUGGAUUUAUGUAAUUCAGUAUUACAAUGCAUCGUAGAGAAAUUGAAAUAUCAUGUGGGUUUCCUGUUUUUCUUAACUUUAUUAUAUUCAAGCUUUCACAAAAUUCUAUCAUAUCAUAGGAAUGUAAUUUCUUGACAUAUUUUAUUACAUAUACAUCGCGGAAAGUACUUAUACAGACUAUGAAACGUGUGUUAUAUGCUUCACGCGAUGAUGUGAUAUUUGCAAAUGAAUAAAAGAAAGGAUUCAAAUUGUGAAAGCGUUGCUGCAUAUAUUUUAAGCGAGAUGGUGCCCUCAUUUGGCUCUAUUGAAACUUCUACUAAAAAAUAAAAAUAAAAAAAAAAAAGUAAAAUAAAGAAAAAAAAAAAAGUACACCAAGAAAAAGCAAUCAAAACGAAAUGCUGCUUUUAUAUCUUUGCGUUCGUCCGACUGCCACGUUUCAAAUCUUUACGCGGAUACUCAAACAAGGGGUGGCAUUAAUAACCACUUUAAUUCGUGUGAUUUCAAGAAACGUUCCUGAAUGUGCCACUAGAAUCUGUGUGUAGUCGUGGAAGUGCUAAAAUGGGCUUAACUCGGAAAAUACAUUGGGUGACUCGUGAUGCGUUUAAACAUAUAAAAACAGAUUCGGUGGGCAAGCGAGUGAAACUUUGAAGCUUCCAAAUUCACGGUGCCCGCACGCCUAAUGAACAUUCUAAAAUAUUGGGAAGGCGUGUCGUUGACUGAGCCGAUACAAGCCCGUUAUGUCGAGGCAACGAUUAUGGGUUUAUAAACUGGAAACGAACCCAAGAAAGGAAGCAUAUUCAAAAAAGCGGUCUUAAGAGAUUAUAAGUUCCAAACAAUUUGCAAAGAAUAAGAUAUUAAACUAUAAACACAACAUUCGUCACUACUACGGAUUCUUUCCAAACUAUAAUAUAAUAAUAAUAUAUAUAUAUAUAAAUUAUAUAUAUAUAUAAACAUGUAAAAUACUAAGUGAAUAUAUAUGUAUUUCAUAUAUAUACAUAUAUAUAUAUAUGUAUGUAUGUAUAUGUAUAUAUAUAUAUAAAGAAAAUUACCGCACGCACACAUUCAUACACAGGCAUACGCGAGCGAUUUAUCCGCGUAAAUUGUGCAUAUGUAUGUAUGUAUGUAUGUUCGUAUGUACAUAUAACAGUAAUAAAACUUAUUAUAUAUCCCUCUAUAUAAGAAGCAUAUCGGUUGUUUCGUUCUUAGUGUAUGAUCGCUGAGCCGAUCAUCAACACUACACGACUAGCCCGCUUGCAGCCAAUAUUUAAAAUUAUUGUUAUUUUAAUUCUGGCUGUAUCAUACUUUUAAUAGUUAAAAUAACAUUCAGAGAAAAAUGAUAUAUCUGUAUACAUAUAAAUAUAAAUUAGUUAUAAAAUAAUUUAAAAGGAGAAACAAAUUAAAAAAGUUACGACGAUAAGCCGAAUAGAAAAAAAUGUUUGGAUUAUAGUGCUUGUACAUUAGCCAAUCGUGUGGAACGACAAAUACAAAAUGCUUCGCUACAAAACAA